UCAAAAAGGAAAAGGUCUUCACUAAAAGCAGGUGGAAAGCACAAAGAACACCUGGUACCCACUCCCUUUCGGCAGUCAUUUACUGUGAAGCACUUUUGUCUGUCAGAAGUCCAGGACAAUUCUAGAGCACUUCACACCCUAAGUACCACGGGAAGUUCGCCUAUUACAGAAUCUUUUGCUUCUCUGAGCACAUAUAAUGACCAAUCCGUCACAUUUGUUAUGGAGGAAGGAAGUUACGAGAUCUAUGUGGAAGACCUGGGGAAAGAUCAAGAGAAAGGCAAGGUGUUACUGCAUUACUACGAGUCUUCAUAUUCCAGUGAAUCAGGUGAUGCUGUUGACGGUAAGAUGUUAAUGGUGACCCUGAGUCCUGCAAAAGACUUCUGGCUGCACGCCAACAACAAGGAGCAUUCUGUGGAGCUCCAUAAGUGCAAAAAUCCGUUGCCAGACCAGGCCUUCUUUGUCCUU